AUGGUGUGGGGCCGCAAGGGGAAGCUGUUCUCCAUCCCCUUCCCUAGGCGUGGCCCAGGGCCCAUCCCCUGCCGGCUCUGCUUCUGCGUGGCCCCGGGGAAGGGGAGGGCGUCCCGCUGCCGCCCUGGGCCGUGCUGUGAGCGGAGCCCUGAGCUGGCGCCUCCCCCGCAGGCGCUGUACCACGGCAAGUUCAUCGACACUGGCUUCACGCUCCCCUUCUACAAGCGCAUGCUGAACAAGAGGCCGACGCUGAAGGACCUGGAGUCCAUCGACCCCGAGUUCUACAACUCCAUCGUCUGGAUCAAGGAGAACAGCCUGGAGGAGUGUGGCCUGGAGCUGUACUUCAUCCAGGACAUGGAGAUCCUGGGCAAGGUGACGACGCACGAGCUGAAGGAGGGAGGGGAGAGCAUCCGGGUGACGGAGGAGAACAAGGAAGAGUACAUCAUGUAAAGGGUGGCGUGGCUGCUGACCUCUCCCCUGGCUCCCCAGCUGAUGCUGUGCGGCAUGCAGGAGAUGGACAUGAGCGACUGGCAGAAGAACACCAUCUACCGGCACUACACCAAGAACAGCAAGCAGAUCCAGUGGUUCUGGCAGGUGGUUAAGGAGAUGGACAACGAGAAGAGGAUCCGGCUUUUACAGUUCGUUACAGGGACCUGCCGUCUGCCGGUAGGAGGCUUCUCAGAGCUUAUUGGCAGCAACGGGCCGCAGAAGUUCUGCAUCGAUAAGGUUGGCAAAGAGACGUGGUUGCCUCGGAGUCACACCUGCUUUAACCGCCUGGAUCUGCCUCCCUACAAGAGCUAUGAACAGCUGAAGGAGAAGCUGCUGUAUGCCAUUGAGGAGACGGAGGGCUUUGGCCAGGAGUGAUGGAGGUGGCACCAGGCUGGGCGCGCUCGCUCGCUCAGCGCGGGCAGGAGGCGCCCGUCGCCACGCAGUUUGCCUCCCUGCUUCCCCGGGAGCUUGUCUGUCACUCGUGCUAGGCUGGGGCCGUGCAGCCCAAUGGCAGACAGGCCAGGGCCCCUCCCACGGCCAGCCCCCGGCCUACCGGGGCGAGACGGGCACCAGAGCCUGCCCGCAUGCUGCUGCUGAGGGGCAGUGAAGCGGCUCGCUAGGGGCAGGCUGGAUCUCUGGCCCCACUCCAUGUGGUGCCCUCCUGGGGGCAGGCACUGGACCAGUUCCAGCAAAACUGCUGGUCGCUACCCAAUGGAAAGUCAGAGUGUGAGCGCCAGACCUUGGGGUCGGUGCAGCAGGAGCCCUGAGACACUGCAGUGUCCCCAAAGCUGGGCAGCAGUGAAGCCCCCCCCUCGCCCGGAGGAAGUGUGCACAGUCGUUCCACUCGCCCUGGGGCAGCGGGCGCUGCCAAUGAACCAACGAGCAGCCGAGAAUCCCCGGCCAUCCCAGUUAUCCGCACAGAGCCGCUUAGCAGGGUCCCUGUGUCCCUUUGGGUCAUGGCUGUUUGCUACAGCCACCGCAGGCCCCGGACACCAGGGCCGCGUGGCCAUCUCUGUCUGAGCAGCCGGGGGCUCCUGCCAGGGCCUGGUGCUGGGCAGAGCUCGGGAUCAGGCGCUAGAGCCCAACGAACGGGGGGCUGGUUUUGUCGCUUUUCCCUGCGGCUUCUCCGGCUGCAGCGAGGCCGUCGCCAAAGCGCUUCCUCGGGCGCAGUCCUGCCCCUCGGCGACGUUCCCAUGACCCGGCACUUUCCCCCAAGUGGCCAGGGCAGGCGCCCAGAGGAACGGGUUUGGGAACUCGGCCCCAGGAGCGGCGCUGGGGCGGGGCGUAGCCUGUGCUUCGUGCUGUGCGUCCGGGGUCACGGUUCAGCGGCGUGUCCGGCUGGGUGGUGCUGAUGAGCGUCAAUAGGAUCCUGGAGGCGCCGCUGGUUUGUACAAACGCACCGGUCUCGCUCCUGCAGCCACGUGGCCGAGGGCUGCGAAAUGGGCCCUGUCGCCCCUGAAACCGGCAGAGGGAGCUUUUCAACCCGGGAGCCCUCCAGCCUCGCCCUGUCAGUGGGCUCUAGGGGAAACUCUUGGCUGGAUUCUUCUGUCCCACGGGGGUGGGGGAGAUGAGGCCCUUGGUGUUACGCUGCUGCAAGAGAAGGCAGAAUCCAGUUGUUUCUGUAUUGCUACAACCUCUGCCGGCCUAGGCUGCUGCCCCAGGGAUUUCCCCCUUCCCAGGUGUGAGCACAGCUGUGGCCCAGGUGUUGGGGGUGCCCCUCUGAGUGUGAGCGCACCUGUGUACAUACCUGUAGAUAAGGGCGUCCGUGGACACAAAUUGCAGGAGCUUUGGAGCGGUGACCUUGAUCGUUUUGUACUGAACCAUCAGUGAUGCCAAUUUCUUGUGCAAUAAACAGCCAGCAGCUGCUUGGGGA